GCAGCCCGCAUGCUUUAAAGCUGUUUUACCAUUCCAAAUUUCUGCCUUCCCAAUCAGAGAGAGAGAGUGCAAAGCUUCUCCCAAAAUCUCAGCAACCUGAGCCUGCAACCAACGCCCAACCCCAACGGAACGGAAAAUAAAUCCCCAUUGGCUGAUUUCUGUUGGCUUUUUGCUGCUAACACUAGCCACUCCAGCCGCUAAGCCGACUUCUAGCCUUCAAUUUCAAAGGAGUUACAAAUGAGUUAUCACAAGCAUUACAAAAGAAAGAUCAAGAUAUUGUGAAUGCAAUGACGUUAGUGGAAGUAUGCAAGCAAAGACUACAAUCCUUGAGAGAUGAUGACUUUGGGGACUUGCUUGAUGAUGUACAAAAGUUUUGUCAAGAGCAUGAUAUUGUCGUUCCUAACAUGGAGGAUUUGCAUUUUGUACCUGGAAAAUCAAGGCGUAAAGCUCCAAGACUCACAAACUUCCAUUACUAUCGUGUGGACCUCUAUUUUCAAGUCCUUGAUACACAAUUAAAGGAAUUGAAUGAUCGCUUCAAUGAGGUAAACACCGAGUUGCUUCUUUGUAUGGCAUGUUUGAGUCCGGUGAAUAAUUUUGCAUCUUUUGACAAAGCAAAAAUUGUUCGUCUAGCUCAACUUUAUCCUCAAGAUUUUGAUCGUAUGGACCUCAUGAAUCUUCCAAUUCAACUUGACAAUUACAUUCACGAUAUGAAGAUGCAUAGUGAGUUUUCAUCAUUGAGAGGAAUUGGUGAUCUUGCAAAGGAGUUGGUGAAGACUGGGAGGUGUGCAAGCUACAUAUUAGUAUAUAAGCUUCUUACAUUGGCUUUGGUGUUACCGGUUGCAACUGUUUCGGUGGAGAGAGCUUUUUCUGCUAUGAAGAUUGUGAAAACACCAUUGCGUAACAAAAUGGGAGAUCAAUGGUUGAGUGAUAGCAUGCUUGUUUACAUAGAGAGAGAUGUAUUUGCUUUUAUUGAUAAUGAGCCUAUUAUGCGACGUUUUCAUGGUAUGAAACGUCGUCGGCAACAAUUGUAAUUUGUUUAUGUUGAUAAAUUAUGGAAGACAUUACUAUAUAAAAUGAUUUGGUUGUUGCUAU